AUGUCCCUGUCUCGACGAUACAGUCGAAUGCGCGAAACCCUCUUCGAUCUCUACACCGAACGCGACGCCCUUCCCUGGUAUUUCCGAACCAUCGCCCUCGUGGCCUCAUGGCUUGCCCUCGGAGGCUAUAUUCUGUUCGCCCUUGUCUUCACCUCUGCCGAAUCUAACAUCAAAGCAUCCCGUUUUACCCUGACACUGCUCGCCUCCGUCUUCCUCUUCGUCGGCUAUGCUGUGAGUGCAGUCAUAGCCUUCUACUGUCGCAGCCUCCUCUUCGCGUUUGAUGCCGUCCUCCUGCCAAUCCUCACCUCAUCCUUCAUGGGCGUCUUCGUCACUGUUAUGAACCAUGCCUUGCAUAAAGAGUUCCCUAUCCCCUCUCAGGCGUAUAUCUACGUCCCGCUGGUGACUGCCUCUUCCACCACAGUCGCGUCAGCCGUGCUCGGUUACAUCGCAUAUAGGAAAAUGGCCACUGUCAAGAGCCUGGACAGACAAAGGCGACAGCAUGUGCCGAGAUGGGAGAAAGAUUCCUACGCCAGCUACGGGGAUGCGGCAUCUACAACGGAACUACUACCAAUCCACCACCACAAAAUUCCAAUUCCCGAAGAUGAAGCACAACGUCAACAAUUCCUUCGACUAUUACUGGAACGAGACCCACCCCACUCUCCCAACAUCCACAGUCUCUCAAGCACUUAUCAGAUCACUCUACCAGGAGAUGAGCCGGGCCACCAAGGAUCGCUGGUGGCCACACCGGACGGGCGACCGCGGAGUGGGAGCCUACCGAGCAAACCUCGCAAGUGGAACAUCUUCAAUAAUGUGACGAGAGACCGAAGUCCAAAUCUUGAGGGUUAUCAGGAUUCGCGAGAACGCCGGCGACGACAGAUCGAGAGGGCUUCUGUCCUUCUUACUCCAGGAUCUGAGGGCGAAUGGGCACAGACGCCAGGCGCGUCACCACCACUUGUCGUUGAUCAACCUCCACCAUGGACUGGCUCCACGAGGUAUGCCUAG